CAGUGUUCAAGUGAAUUAUCACAUUUAACUUGUUCAAGUCGAAACAUUUUCCAUUUGACUUUCUUCAGUCGUAUUUUGUGCAGUUCCAUUGUCUUUGGCAGCAAGUGAUUCCACAUUUUCGCAUAACAAUGAAUCAAAUCAGUUUUGCAUUGUGUUUCAUCGUCGUUAUUUGUGCCGUGUGCCACAUUCAGGCGACUCCACUCCGGAACGAAGUGGCGGAAGAUCAAAAAUAUGUGAAUUGUGUGGAAGACAUGCAAGCCAAUUGUGAAGAGGCAAAUAUUCCAUUUCAAGUAUUGAUUCAAGGACAAUCUGGUAGCCGUUUUGUUCGUAGUUUAUUGUCGGAAGAUUCAGUUGCACGCAAAGCAACCGAUCCAAAGAAACGAUCAACAAUUACCAUCUUCUCGCCAAAAGAAGAAGAGGAAAGCGUUGCAGUAGAGACUGUUGAAGCCAUUGCCGAAUCACCUGAAGCCGAAAGCAAAGCUGCCGAUGAAUCACAACAAACUGAAGAUAAAUCAGCCGAUGAUGAAUCAUCCAGCAAGUCAAGAGACGCCGAUGAAGACAAAAAAUUGAACAAACGUGAAGCCGACAGUGACAGUGACAGUGAUUCUGCUGAUGAAUCAGGUGUUGCAGCCGUUAUUGAAUUAGCCGACAAUGAUUCGAGUAAAGAUGGAUCCAAGAAAGACGAAUCAUCCACCGAACCAACAGUUGGACAAGCUUUACUACCACUUGCACCACUUGGAUUGAAGUUUUUGCCACUCCAAUUGGGAGCCAUCAAUCUUGGAGCAUUCAGAACCAAUCUCGGACUUCAAAAGAAUCUCCUCAAAACGAACACACUUCUUCCACUCCAAGUGAAGCUUGCUGGUCUCAAGACGCGAUUGGGUCUAUUGCCAAUUGCACCAAUUGCACCACUUGCUCCAAUUGCGCCAAUCAUUUAAAAAGUAUUGAAAUGACUUUUUAUGUUCAUUUCUUAUUAACUAUUUUUGUUGUUGUUUGUAUUUAUUUAUUCUUUUUCUUUUUGUGUGUAAAAAUUAAAUAUUUAUUUGAAAGUUGUACAGAGAAUUGUUAGCAGAAUUUAAAAUGUUCAAAGCAAAGUAUUUAUGAAUAAUAAAUAUAUGAAAAUUUAACAAA